UUUCCAGACAUUCUUUUGUUCCUUAAAAAUGUAUUGUGCAAUCCUAUGUAGGUUUUUCAGGGGGAUUUAGGGGGUCACAUUUAUGAUGUACAGCUCUUAAAAAACAUGUAUCAAAUAUGGCACACUAAGCCUUUAGUGGUUAAGUAUAAAGUUUGUGUAGCAUUUGAUGCUUUCAUUUGUGAUUGCUUAUAUGUGAACCCUGCCUGUUGAAUUAUUAAUGUGGAGGAGGCAGGGGAACGUGCUGCGUGCUGGAAUGCAGGAAUCCUUUUGUUGAUGCGUCUCUAAGGUGACUGACUGCACAGAACAGCACAAGGGGCAGCCUGGCAAGUGGACACCUGGCUUAAAGACAUCAAUCUGGAAAUAAAUUGAUCGGACUUUUAAGUGAAGCGGAACUCAAGGUGCUUCCUCAAAGGUGUUUAAACCGCCUGUGCACAUGGAGGCGAGCCUGACAUCAGCCCCUCACUCGGUGAAGCGGUGGCAGCUAAGCGGGACGGACUAUGAGCCGCAGCAGGCCGGCACCCUGCUGUCCGACACCCGCUUCAGCAGCUGGACUCCCCUGAACAACAAGCGGAUCAACCUGCAGUUAUUUGAGGAGAGAGUGAAUCUUGUGCUGCACUGGUUUGAUCUGUGGACGGACAGACAGAGGAAACACCUGCUGCACUCUCUGCUCACUCGUUGCACCAAGUCACAGCUCAGGUACUGCCGGGAUUUGCUGAUUGAGACGGUUCCGGUCACUAAAGUGGACCUUACGUCGGUGCUGCCUCGGUUUCUCUCCCUGUAUGUGAUGUCAUUUCUGUCCCCACGUGACCUUUGCAAAGCUGCCCAAGUCAGCUGGCACUGGAGGGUUCUAGCUGAGCAGGACUGUCUGUGGGCGGGCCGGUGCAUCAGACGAGGCUGGUUCCUUCCUUACACUCCUGGAGAAAAAGAGUUUGGUGCAUGGAAAAGUCACUAUGUCUCCUGCCUCUCCACACUUGACUGGCUCACUCCACGGGAGGCAGCAGAGAUGUAUGGGACCCUCAACCAGCAAAGCACAGGAAUGACAGAGGAGGAGGAAGAGAGGAGGAGGGAGAAGAGGAUCAGGCAGCAAAUCAGAGAAAAGCUUCGAGAGGAGAAGAGACUAUCUGUGAGUGCCAGGAAACCCUGGGGCAGCUACACAAAGCCAGAAAUAGCCAGAGGUGGAGGUACCCAGAAAGGGAGACCUGAGUCUGGCCUAACAUUCGUCUCUCAGCCCUCCCUCUCCUGGCCUCUGAGGAGCGUUGGCUCUUCCAGUCACUCUCUCAGCCUGGAAAGAGGACAGCCCACAAGUGCACCUCAGACCUGGGAGAGAGUCCAGGCCUGCAGCAUUAGCAGCGAAACACGAAACAUCCGAGGAGCGCUGUCGUCUUUUAUCUACAGACCUGCACAGCCUCACACAGUCUCUCCCCUUCACCUAUCCGCUCCUGCCCUGCUAUUGCUCAUCUCCAACAGAAUUCCUGCAUAUGAGCUGGUGUUGAGCGGAGUGAAGCCUGGUGUGACUGCGGUUCUCUAUGACCAUAGAGGGACUCUCUCAUCUCUGCUAACCCAGGUGGAGAGGGCUAUUUCUGGGAAACCAGCUCAGAGGAUUGGCCUGUUAGCUUGCGGAGGAACACAGGACAUUCACCUGCUUCACAACUCUAGCCUAUCAGAGAAGACUCUACUGACUCCUGAUCAUAGGGAAUUCUGGGAAAAACUGUGUGGCAUGGUGGCUCCAACUGAGGAAGGAGGAGGGAUUGACAUAUUCUGCCCGCUGGCUGCAUCUGCAUCAGGAGUGACUCUCCUCCAGAAUCUCUCCACUUUGACUGGUCUGGAGGUUCGGGCACCGGUGGGUGUGGCCACCGGGAAUUUCCAGAACAUCCUCAGCGAGUGGUCUGACGGCAAUGUGCCUACUGGCCUUUCAGAGAACCAGCCAGCACUCCCGGCCCUGCAGUAUGUGUGUGAGGCUGUACUGCAGGGCUGGUGCGCACAGGCUCAUUGGAUGGAGGAGGCUCUGGUAGAGCUGAGGAGCACCUUAGGGCUACAGCUACAGUGGACCAGCCUCCAGGCCAGGGGCCGAGCUCUGGGCUAUUUUCUGUGGGAGAGAAUCCGCCUUGAUGAGAUUUGUGUGUCCAGAGAUCUCAGCGAGGCUCUGAUCGAAGGACUCACUGCUCUGACCAGAGAGGAGGAGACCCGACCUGUGGAGUUUCUUUCCAUCUUUCUGAAAAACUGGAAUGAAGAGAAGAAGGGACAAGAGGGUAAUGGACAGGACAGCACUGGAGCUGACGGUGGUUCACAGACAUGCUUCAACGUGAUACCUGAUCUACCACAGAUGGUUCUGGAUUGGAGAGGUGCAGCUGCGAGAGAGCUGCACCACAGCGAGUGUCUUUAUCUGGGAAAGCUGAGUGCUGUGCUGAAGGUGUACAAGGAGCCUCUCACAGCAGCUCUGAACUCCAACAGAGCCAUUCUGAGCUAUGCUGACAUCCAUGUUGUCCUCAGUCCUGUUGCACAAAUACUGGAGCUCAACAGGGUGUUUCAGGCUGAUUUACAGGUGCGGCUACAGCAGUGGGGUGCAGAGAAGUGUAUUGGAGAUGUUUUCAUGAAGUUCUGCUCAAAACUUAAAGUCUACACAAACUACCUCAACAACUACACCACUGCCAUCCACACCAUCGAUAAGUGCAGGGAGAGCAAACCAUCAUUUCGAGCUUUCUUGAAGAGAUCAGACAGAACACUUGCAACUCACAUGCUGAGCCUACAAGAGCUGCUGCUGUGCCCAGUGUGGAGGAUGCAGGAGUAUGUGACUCUGCUUCAAGCUCUGUCUUUGCACACACACCCCGGUCAUCCUGACCACGCACAUCUCCGCUCUGCCCUCAACACGCUGCUCCAGUUCAGAGAGUUCAUACACAAGUUAAAGCGCACCUCAGAGGCAGACAGACUGAUAGAGGAAACGCAGCGACAGAUUCAAGGCUGUCCGAACCUCAGUGAAGAAAACAGGCAACUAAUAAUGACUCAGGAUGCUGCUCUGCACAGGAGCCCUGAUGAGCAGAUACCAGAUUCUCUCAAGACCUAUGAGCACGUCUGUGAUGUGGGCCUCUUCCUGCUCAACAAUGCUUUGGUGUUGACUCGGCAAAAUGUGCGGCACACACCUUUCACGCUGGCUCACCAGAGCACGCACACAUUUCUGGCCUCUGUGGCUCUCACCAGCCUGUCUGUGAGAGAGAUCAGGCACACACGCUAUGUGAGCCAUGCCUUUGUCCUUGAGGGUCCCUGCCACUCCUGGGUCUGUGCCACACAGAGAGGCGAAGAGAGACGGCACUUCCUAUCUGUGCUGUGUUCAGCUAUAGAGUGUGCUUUGGCAGGACAUCAGUGACAGCGAGGUUUGGAAAAAGACUGUUUGACUGUUUUUAUGUCAAAAGGUUUUUGGAAACUAAAAUUUAUGAAGGAAAUUCUAUUUUAAUGUCGUAGUUAAGUGUGAAAAUGUAGAGGUCAUAUGAUUGUUGGGUUGUUGAGGCGACAUUUGUUGUGAUUUGGCGCUAUAUAAAUAAAAUUGAAUUGAGUUUACAACAUCCUUAUACUCCAUUUAGCGAUACAGUUAUUCAUUAGACAUUAGACAUUUUCACACAGUUUCACAUGCUGUCUUGACCUUUUCUUAGCAAUACCAAGCAGAGCUGUAUGUUGAGUCAGAUCAGACGUUAAGCAGACUUCAUCCUGCCAGCUCCCAGGUUCAAAGUCUGUGUAAUCUCUGACUGGUGUGAGAAAAACACAGGUAACUGUCUGGAAGAUGUAAAGUAGGCUGUUGCCUCAACUGAUGUAUUUCUGGUAGUUUUUUGUGAUAUGAGAAAGGUCUGAUAAAGAACAGUGGUGCUCUAAGUCUUGUUUUUUGGUGUAAUAAAUGUAAUACAGCAUGAAAAAAACCACAGUCCAAAAGUUUCAUUUUUUUCCCCUUUCUUAUGUUCCUAAAAUUUCAAAACAUGCAGAGUAGCAUGCAAAAAACUGAUUUUGUUAAUCAGUAUUUCUUUAUUUUGUAUUAAAUUCUCUAUCAAAGAUACUUUUAUUAAUGGGGGAAACUGAAAAAUAGUCCUUUCUAGCACAUUUGUAAAUGAUUAAACUUCCAAUAAAAACUAUAAGAAAUCAUCCAAACAGCCUUAACGCAAUAGGCUAAAGACAGAAAGGUUUAUUUGCCAUUUUUGUUUCAGAAACUCUUGAAUAAGCUUUUCUGGACAUUGUUUGUAGAAGACAACAGGUAAGAUAGCAAACAACGGAAACAGAGGCCGAUAUUAGCGACCUGCCAUUAUAUUAUGGAAAAUGGACCACUACUUGUGGAGCGCUUUUCUACUCUGUUUGAGCACUUAUUUACUUAUUCAAACACAUGUUCAUAGAGCAUUCUGCAACUUUCCUGUUUGCAACACGUGUUUUAAAUGCUUCAAACAACAACCAGCCAAUUCGAGCAGACAGUAAGGGAGUCGAUAUUUAAGCAGUGUUAUUAUAUUAUCUUAGUAACUACUCAAAUAAUUACUCAUAGGAAAUGUUAGACAAAUCUGUUUAUGAUUUGUGUGUUUGAAUGGAAAAAAAAUGUCGAUCAAUGUAUCAGAUUUGUAAUAUCACCUAAUAUCGGUACCAGUAUCGGUCGUAAAAAUUCUAUAUCAGUCGUGCUCUCAUUGACAAUACUGCAAAGUCUUGUCAAUGACUUGCUUGGCUGUUUUUGUAUGCAGCCAGUGUUCACAGUCUGCAUCUUUUGCCACCUUUUCUGUACUGCGUCACAAUUAAUUAAACGUAAGCCCCGAAUUGUGCGAGCUGCUGAACGUCGACCAAUUAAUAAUACAAAAUUGCUAUUUCCCGAAAAUCUUCCACAUCAUUUCUCUAGAUUUUAAAAUUUUGACGUAUGUAUGUGUGUUACAAUCUUCUCUGAUCCACUCUUGUCUUGUAGUGAAAUAUCUAUAUGGUGUAUGCAUGGAAAAACUGUUGCUCCUGCUGCACAAUGGAUAUACUGAAGGUAUCACGUAAAGCUGCUUUUGCAGUUUUGCGUGAGUUAAAAUGACCACAGUAAGGCAACAUUCAAUUUCUUUUUCUAAGCUAGCUUUUAUUAAGUAUCCAUAUGAUCUGGGCUUAUCGCACUAUAAUGUUUACUGGCUUUGUCAGUUUCUCCUUUAUGCUCUCAGUCGAUAAGAUUUUCUUUUUAGUCACAUAGGAAACAUUUCUCAAGUUCAAGGUAUAAAAAGAUUUGUAUUGAUAACCAAAAAACCCCCACAAAUGUCACAAUUUACACAUAAUCACUAUGAAUGAGCUGCAUUACAACAGUUAUAUACCUACAGUAUGUACAUUAUUGUCACUUAAAAAAUACAAACAUGUUCUAUCCUGCGAAAUGAAUAAAAGGCUGUUUCAUCAUCUGUAUCCGACAACAGAUAAAAAGUAAGCAAAGAUGAACCAAAAUAGUCACAAUACAAAUAAAUAUUUCAUUAAACAACAUAUAACACGCUUGCUGAUCUAAUGUUAUGCUUCUUUUUUUUAAAUUCUCACAGUGGCUUCCCCACAUAAAUCUGACAGAAAAAGUUAUUUACUGGUUUGUAAUCAGUGAAUAAUUAAAUGAAUCCACAUUUAAUGUACUUCCUGUGACUUGUUAGUUUUUGCAGUGCACACGCUGAACAGUUGCAGUUUUGCAGUCUUGAAAGCACCACAGAUGAAUCAUGGGUCAUGAUGGAUCUUCUCUUAAAGUCUUCAUCAGUUUAAAAUGAUUGUUAUCCUGUUUGAUAUAUCAGCUAACUACGGGUAUGUUUUUGGCGUCGACAUACUGAAAGCUUUCCUCCUGAAGAGAAAUGAUUGAUUUCACAGUCUCCGGUUUGCUAGAUUUGGGUUGUUGUGCGAUGCAGCUGUGUGUGAGGCCUGCUCUUUCCCACCAGGUACGUGAGUCUGUGGCGGCUGACUCUUGCACUGCAGUCCCAGGUUUCCUGCUGUGCUGUUUGUCCCUUUCUGGGAGCAGAAGCCCUUCGGUUUGGGGAUUCUUGUCGGUCCUGGACGUCGGAAUGCUUCUAGAGGUAUCUGCUGAGGGAACAAUGACAGAUUUCUCCAUUAUGACUUAUAGCAACGACAAUGAGGAAAGAAGUGAAUACAGUAGAUGACUGCAUGAAAAAGAGGUGUGUUUGAAGGCUUUACUUCUUUUCUGGCUGAACUGUGCCCAUGAGCUCAGCAAACACUGACUGUAAUACUCAUAAUGACCACUAGAGGAUAUCACAUCACAUUUUAUGGACACACUGCCAAACUUUUGCUGCAUGACUGCAGUAUUUUGUGCUUGUAGCUUAAAAAUAUAGUAACUUGACAUGAAAUAGAGCAAUUUUCAGUAAAGGAAAAGGUUUCUACUAUUUUUAAAAUGCAUUAAACAUCCUUUCAGCAAUAUCACAAUAUGUUUAAUGAUACAUUUAGACAGUUUUGUGCAAACUUUAAUACACAUCAGUGCUUCUUCUGAAGAAAACUACAAGUAUGGUGAAAGCUGUUAAGUCCAGCAGUUAAUCAAAUAAAUGGUAACAGGUAUUUUGAGAAUGAUUUGAUGAUUAAAUGAAAAAAAAAAUCUUUGCUGCAAACUGCUAAUGGCCCCAAUAUAGUUCCACUUCAUCCUGGUAAUGAUACCAACAGUGUAACUUGUGCUUAGAAACCAGUGCUUUUAUAUCACAGUCCUCAUAUGAGGGCAUCUCAUGAGACACAUCGCAUUUCGCGUUUUCUUAAACAACUUACUGCUCCACUUACUGUGCAAUCACUUUUAAUGACCAUGUUUACAUGCAGAGCAGCAGGGCAGCACACUGGGGUGCAUCACUUUUGGAUCGGUCCUUGCACAGUAGAAACUAUGUCCUGUUUACAGUACAGUGAUAAGGUGUUUCCACAGUUAUGAGGAACCUCAGCCACAGAUGGCAUACUCUGUAAAUGUAUUUGUAGCAUGUUUAUUUAGCAUUUGGCAUUUCAAGAAACGGAUACACUGAUUUAGAUAAACACUGCUGUCAUCUAAUGCACUUGUUUAAAUGUGUAGUUUUUAUGCUCAGUAGACUGGAUAAGAAAGAUGGAUUAAGCCAGUGCUUUAAAUCUGCAUUGCUUCUAAUGUCCAGCAGGGGCAGAGUCCUCUGGUGGCAGAAGGUCUGACUGUAGAGACAAGGAGACCCAACGCCUCACUUGGGUCACUUUAGUAUGCAUUUUCCACCUGAAUUGCUAGUUUCAAGUCUUAUUUGAUGCUGCAUGAUGUUCUUUUUGUAAACACUCAGCUCAGGACAACAUAAGAAGAUCUCACCAAUCAUGGUGCGAUCCUCUUAUCCUUUAAACAGUGACUGAAUCCCCAUGUGGUGAUAGUCAGCAAGUGGCUAUCUUCUUUAGAGUAAUCAACAAACAAAAAUGGCACACACAGUGCUGUGCAAGUCUCGAGCCAGCCCUCAUUUCUUUGUAUUUUGCCUCCAAGAAGCCAGACUUGGUUGUAUGGCUCUCCAGGCUUUCUG